CCUUAGCAAGAAAUCAGGUGGAAUAAAAGGCAGACCUACUGAAAGGUGUGGUUAGGUGAAGCAUGGAAACUGAAAAGAGAUUAGACAGUGUGUAAGUCAUUGCGCGUGCGUGUGUGUGGGAGAGAGAGAGAGAAAUACGGAAAGUCGUGGAAAGCAAGUGUGUUUCAGAGAACCACAGGACAUGGAAAGAGAGUCGAUCACAGACGCUGAGUCUGAAUCAGAAUCAGAAUCCGAAUGGGAUCCAGAGAGCAGCACAGAAUACGACAGUCUGAGUGAGAACGACAGAGAAAAGAAAGGAAAACGAGGGGGGAAAAGGAAGAUGAGGAAACGAAUGUACUCCAGCCAGAGUUUGAGACAAACAAUUGAAAACAAACUCGAACUUCCCGUCACAUGUGGAGCUAAAGAUGGUGUCCUUUAUGUGGAGAAAUAUAAUGACCUGCAGGCGUGCAUCUUCAGUGAAGGCCAGUGGUUCAAGCCUAGUGACUUUGAGAGAUUUGGAGGAAAGGCAAGGAGCAAAAAGUGGAGGAACAGCAUCUUUUACAAUGACAUUCCACUCCAGGAACUCAUAAAGGAUGGAUUUCUUUCACCCUUUAAGAAAUGUGGAGUUCAGAAUAAACAGAAUGACUCUCCUGAAUCCUCACCAGUUACUGACCGGCUCAGAAAAAGGAAGUAUGUUGCACAGAUUGACUCUCCUGAAUCCUCACCUGUUACUGACAGGCUCAGAAAAAGAAAGUGCAGGAGACAGCUGUUCGACUCUGAAUCCGAGGAGUCGAUUAAUGGCAGUGAAGAUGGUGACGGUGACAGCAAUGAUGGCAAUGAAGUUUUUGAUCUUGAUGAUGAUGAUGAUGAUGAUGAUGUUAUUGACAUGAGCAAAUUUGAAGGUUCAACCCUCCCUGUUACCUGUGGUUCUGACUCUGGCAUCCUACACAAAUAUCGCUUUGCCAAUGGGCAUCGUGGGAGAUGCAUAAGAACAGAAAACUUCUGGCUCACACCCGAGGAUUUCAUCAGACUGAACAAACCAGAUGGAACAUGGAGGAAAGACAUUGUGACCUAUGGGAUACCUCUAGGGAAACUUAUAAUGAAAAGAGUUUUGGAACCGCAUAUGAUAAAUUGUGAUUGUGAGAUUUGUGAGAUUGAACAAGAUCAAUACCUACAGAAUGAUGACGUGUGUUUCGUGUGUGACUCUGGGGGAGAUCUUGUGUGUUGUGACGAAUGUCCACGAGCUUUUCAUUCACACUGUCAUCUACCAGCUGCAGACGGAGACUCACUUGGAAGCAAGUGGAGCUGCACAUUCUGUGUGAUGAAGAAAACAGAAGAUUCCAGUCAAAAGACCCAACAGGAAGUUUUGAGCAGUCCAGUUUCUCAGUACACACUGCACUGUCAGUACCUGCUGUUACACCUGCUACAUGAGAGCAUGACUGACCCCUGCACUAAUGUUUCAGGAUACAGUAAAAACAUUUAUGGUCCCAUGAUGCUGGGCAGAGUGAAGCUGAACCUGGAGAAUAACGAUUAUCAAACAGUGCAAGAGUUUGUCUCCGAUAUUGAACAGAUUUUUAACAACUGUUGCACCUCCAGCGGAGAUAAUGACUCCAGUAAAAUGAACUCUCGGCUGAAGGAAGCAUUCAAGAAGGAGUUUAAAACUGUCUUUAAGCUCUUAUAACAUCAUGCUGUGGGUUGAUUGUCAAUGUGUCAAAAAGUUAAUAUCAGUUUUUUAAAUUAAAAGCAACAAGAGGACAUUCAUUUUAAUAACUGAUAGUUGAUGAUUUGAAUGACAGCAACCAUGGUCAACCUCCAGUCAUUUAGCCUGUCCAUGUCAAUGUUCCUUAAAGGGGUGGUUCACUGUUUUUUUUUUCUAGGCUUGAUUGAGUUUAUGGGGCGCAGUUUAACAUGUCUUAAUGCUUUGUUUAAAAAAAAAUAAAUAAAUAAAAUAAACGCUG